UGAAAAUUUUGUAAUUUUUUUCAUAUUUAAAUUCUUUUUUUAAAUCGUUUAUUUGUCCCAAAAUAUACUAUCGAUUAAGAUAUCUAUAUUUUUACAGUUAUUAAACAAACGUUACGUUGAAAUGUUCACCAAAGGAAAACCAAGGACAUCGUCGCUUAAUAGCCAGGCGAAAUUCAAGAGCCAGCUUGAAAGUAAUUCGUCGCUGUUGAAUCGCAGCUUUCCAACGGCCGCAGAACUUUCUCGCAAAAAUGGCAGCCAGCUCCGGCAAACAAAGCUAACUGUCUGUCCAAAAGAUAAAAAACUGAAAUAUGAAGGCUUCGUAGAAGAGGUUCCCAGAAUUAGGGCACCGCAUGAAUUUAUUUAUAUGCCACCACCAAAGCUGCAGCCGAAAUCCCUUUGCGCGGCACCCAAAACGACCACCGCACCCAUCAAAAUGGAGCCCAUGGCAAUGGCAGAGCCGCCAGCCGCCCCAAUGUCCAAGCGGGGUCGUGAUUUGCUAAGUCUCGUAGGGCGCGUGGAUUUUUGUUUGACCAGCCACAAAAUGUAUCCUGAUUUGAAUGCUAUUUGGAACGUAUAUGGAAAACUGGCACGCAUUAUCGAAGGAAAGAGGUGUGAGCACACCCUACUGGUGCGAUGUGAAGGACCCAUCCUCCAAGGCAUAUAUUACGAUUUUGAAGGCGAUCUGAAGACAUUGUCCAUUGGUUGCACUGUCCAUCUGGUGGGCCGCUUCGUUGGCCCGAACCGAUUGCAGACGUUUAGAUUCAACGAGGUGAGUAUUUUGGACUGGGAACAGCAAUUUAUGCGCAUAGAAAAUGUAUCAAGAUAUAUUUUAAUGCAAAACAAUGCGCAUAAGUAGUUUAGACCGUCUUAGACCAGACGGUUGCUUUCCGGUAUAUUUUCAUUUUUGACUCUCUACAUUAAUGGUACAAAUAAUAUUUGCUAAUACUUAUAAGCUAGCGUAAAAGUAUACUCAAAGGACUACACUGGCUCUAUUGGAUA